GGCACCCUGUGGGCCGGGCGACGCCGUACGGUGACGUGCAACGGCGAGCGGCAGGUCGUUUUGACCGCGGCGGCGGCGGCGGCGGCGGGGGCCUCCCCCUCCCGACUCUGGUGUUAACCCGAGGGCAUCGAAGCCUCGGCCUCGGCGCUGUUGAUGGCGGAAUGACGGAGCCAGGGACCCAGAGGGAGAGUCCCGCCGGCAGCGGGGAACCGGGGCCGGGUGCGGCCUCGCAACGGGAGGGCGGCGCAGGCGGGCAGCCGGAGGCCCGGGACGGGGGGCAGCGGCGGCAGCAGCGGCGGCGGGAGGACGAGGAGGAACUGGACCCCCGCAUCCAGGAGGAGCUGGAACAGCUGAACCAGGCCAGCGAGGAGAUCAAUAAACUGGAACUACAGCUGGACGAGGCUAGGAACACUUACCGGAAAAUCCUCUCGGAAUCGGCCAGGAAGUUGAAUGCUCAGGGCUCUCAGCUGGGCAACUGUAUCGAGAAGGCGCGGCCGUACUAUGAAGCUCGGCGGCAGGCAAAGGAGGCCCAGCAGGAGACGCAGAAGGCCGCCCUGCGUUACGAGAGAGCGGUCAGCAUGCACAAUGCCGCGCGGGAGAUGGUGUACGUGGCGGAGCAGGGGCUGAUGGCUGACCGGAACCGGCUGGACCCCACCUGGCAGGAGAUGCUGAAUCACGCCACCUCGAAGGUGAACGAGGCGGAGGAGGAGCGCCUCAGGAGUGAGCGGGAGCACCAGCGGGUGACACAGUUGUGUCAGCAGGCCGAGGGCCGUGUCCAGCAGCUGCAGAAGUCCCUCAAGAGGCUCAUCCUCAAGUCCAAGCCCUACUUCGAGCUCAAGGCCCAGUUCAACCAGAUUCUGGAGGAACACAAAUCCCGGGUGACGUCCCUGGAGCAGCGGGUGUCCCAGGCCAAGACCCGGUACUCAGUGGCCCUGAGGAACCUGGAGCAGAUCAGCGAGCAGAUCCAUGCCAGGCGCCUGCAGCGACUGUGCCCCCGGCGGGCCUCGCCCGUGGGUGCUGAGUCCAGCCCCACCUACCCCGAAGAGGAGGGGGGAGAGGAGGAAGAGAAGGCCUCGGCCCUCACCCCUCUGGGGGCCGAGGGCCCCGCCUCCGACACCCUGUCCGUGCUCAGCUUCCAGACCAUUGCCUCUGACCUGCAGAAGUUCGACUCGGUGGAGCACCUGGAAGAGCUGUCGGACGCCACCAGCCUGGACAGCGAUGAGACGGAGCCGGAGACCGGACGCUCCACCCGGUCCACCUUCCUCUACAGGCACCACCGCAGCGUCAGCUUGUAGCCGGCUGGCCUGGGGCCAACCCCCGACCCCCAACCCCCGGCCCUUCGCCCCCAACUCCGAGGUAGUCGCGACCCAGACCGGAAUACUCCACCUUCCCCACCCAGGGGCUCCGGAGACGGCGGCGGUUGUGGUAGGAUCUUGGGAUCCGGCAUGCUGCCCGGCAUGGGGGGGAACCACUGUCCCUCCUGGAGUCCGUCGGCAGGAUCUCGGUGGGCAGGGAGGUAAACUCCGUGCCUGGGGGGGCGGUAACCGGGUGCUCUCGCUCACAGUGAGGUAACCCAUCAGGAGGCUGCGCAGUUUACUUGGUAGGGUUGCAAGGGGGUAGAGGAGCAAAUAAUCCAUGGAUUCCCACCCCUACCCCACCCCCACCCCCACCCCCCUUCUUUAUCUUGUCCUGGGAAAUUAAUCCAAGGGGUUCCUCUUUCACUGUUCCUCAUCCCAGGCACGUUACCCAAUGUCUCCUCUCUCCGUGUCCUGCCUGAGUCAAUCGCUCUGUGUUUCCCCUCUCUCCCCGUGUCCUGGGUACAUCACCCAGUGUUCCCCCCUCCUCCCCGUGUCCUGGGUACAUCACCCAGUGUUUCCACACACUCUAUAUCUCAGCCUUGCUACAUAAGACACUCCUUCCUCACGCCCUGCCCACUGGGGUGCUCUUCCACAAGUUCACUCAGCGUCGUGCUGCUACGGUCGGUGUGGGCCCCCCUCUGUCCUCUCGCACCUCCUCACCCUUCGCCCAGCCAGGCAUUCCAAAGCAGGGCUCCACCCAUCCAACACACCCCCUUCACCCCCUUGAGGGAAUCGGUACCUGAACGGUUUCUGAACGGAGAAGUGCUUGGUCUGUAUGGAAAAGCUGGCCACUCCGAGCCCCGCUAGUCUGGUACCCCCUGCACGAUGGACCUGGCGCUCAGGGAACCCGGUCUGAUGACUGCAGUGCCCUUCGUGUACUUCGAAUGUAUUUAUUACAGACUUGUUUUUAUAUCUGUACAUGUUGACCAAUCCAUCUCUGUGCAUCUCUCUCUAGGGAGCGAGAGACCUCAACACACCUUCUGGGUGAUUUGUCUCCCUUGGUAUUGCUAACUUUUCAAUAACACUUCAUGGUGAUUGGGAAGUAGGUUCUUCAGUAAAUAAAAUUAUAAGUUCAGCGUCAAA